UGAAACACCGGAAAGCUCAAUGAGAAAAAAGUGUGCGACGCAAGCACUGCUAAUCGACAUGAGCGCAGUCAUUUCAGCACCGCGUUGAGAACAGACAGCGCAAAGCGGUGCGGAGAGUGUGUGUGCAUGCGGAAUCAACCAGUGGCACUUUCGUGUGGGACUUCGGUAUGAGAUGCAGCGAAGAAGAAACUAAAUUAGAGAAAUCAACUUCAAAUCUAUAGACUUAGAGGGAUAUUCGGGAUCGCAAAGCUUGUAAGAGACAUAAAAAAGAUUUCCCACCGCUUGUUCCGCUACACUCGGCACUGAGCAACAAUGUGGUGAUCUGCAGUCUCAGAUGCAGCUUGGCUGGUAACGAGUGUGGGAAUUGGUGUCUGUUCCGGCGAAGGAGUGGUGCGGUGCUGCCGAGCGAGGAGCCCCUCCAUUCAGAAGGAUGCUCGUGGGAAAUGCCUGGAGACAGAGAGGACGAGAUUUGUCAAAAGGCACUAGAACUCUUGUCAGAUCUCUGCUCUAAGGGCGAAGUACAAAAUGAUAAUUGUUUGGAUUUCAUAUACUAUUUCCGAGACUUGGCCAGACCGAGGUACUCCGACUCAGCAGAUGUGUCCGUGAGCCUGCUAUCUCUGGUGGUGACGGCCUGUGGUUUGGCCUUGUUCGGCGUCUCCCUCUUUGUCUCCUGGAAGCUCUGCUGGAUACCAUGGCGGGAGCGAGGCCUUUCCUCAGCCACCAAGGAGCACCAGAGCCACCCCGAGCCCCCUCUUCAGCCCCAGGCAAUCUACACCGAGGUGGACGCCGUCUGCGACAGGAGGGACUGCGCCCGCGGCUCUGUGGUGAAGGUGACGACGCCGACGCCAUCGCUGGCGCCCACCACCGCCGUUCCGUCGGUGCCGUCGUCUCCGCCGCCGGUCACCACGCCGACGGCCACAGCGGAGGCAGCCAUGAAGAUCAGCCACACCUCGCCUGAUAUCCCCUUGGAGGUGCAGUGCAAGAGCCGGCAGAACUCCAUCCACGGCGGGACCCUGCGGAUGCAGAGGCAGACCACCGACCCAGCGUCCACGUCUGUGCGCUCCACGUCCCACACAGAGAUCGGGAAUAAUUCCAUCCGCCGGCAGAUGAACCUGUCCAACCCGGACUUCAACGUGGCGCAGUUCCAGCGGCAGGAGUCGCUGACCGGCAUGAGCCUUGGCCGCCUCAAGCCCGAGCUGUACAAGCAACGGUCCCUGGAGGGCGACGAGAGCCGGGCCAGUGGGCGUGGCGGGGGCUGCGGCCGCCUGCACUUCAUCCUAAAGUUCGACUGCGACCUUGAGCAACUCAUCGUCAAGAUCCACCGCGCGGAGGACCUGCCCGCCAAGGACUUCUCGGGCACCUCGGACCCCUACGUCAAGAUCUACCUGCUUCCUGACCGCAAGACCAAGCACCAGACCAAGGUGCACCGUAAGACUCUGAACCCCAUUUUCGACGAGGUCUUCCUGUUCCCUGUGGCCUACGGCGAGCUGCCCUCGAGGAAGCUGCACUUCAGCAUCUACGACUUUGACCGCUUCUCGCGCCACGACAUCAUUGGCCAGGUGGUGGUGGACAAUUUCCUGGACCUGGCUGACUUUCCCAGGGAGACAAAGCUCUGCAGGGAGAUCCAAUAUGUGUCCUCGGACAAUGUGGAUUUAGGAGACCUCAUGUUCUCACUCUGCUACCUGCCUACCGCUGGACGCUUGACCAUCACCAUCAUAAAGGCUCGUAACCUCAAAGCCAUGGACAUCACUGGAGCAUCUGACCCUUAUGUGAAGGUGUCCCUAAUGUGUGAUGGCAAGAGGCUGAAGAAGAGAAAAACCUCCACUAAGAGAAACACACUGAAUCCUGUCUACAAUGAGGCCAUAGUCUUUGAUGUCCCUCCAGAGAAUAUCGAUCAGAUCAGUCUCCUGAUUGCAGUAAUGGACUACGACCGUGUAGGUCACAAUGAGGUCAUCGGUGUGUGUCGGGUGGGUAACGAUGCCGAGAGCCUGGGCCGGGACCACUGGAGUGAGAUGCUGACCUACCCCCGCAAACCUAUUGCCCACUGGCACCCUGUCGUGGAGUAUCAGGGGAGUGGCAGCGGAAGUCAAGGAGGUUCCUGCAACUCCCUCAAAGCACCUCCCUCACCCUGACCAGUCCUGACCCGCACACAUGGCACCGUGAGCAAGCAGAGAGAAAGAGAGAGAGAGCAGAGAAAGAGAGAGAGAGAAAGAGAGAGAGCAGAGAGAGAAAGAAAGAGAGAGAAGGGAGGAAAGGGAACCAAAGCCGCUUGGACGAGACCAAGGCUACAGCUACAAGAGUGUGGAGGCUGAUGCUGAAUCCUGAGAGAGAGAGAGAGAGAGAGAGAGAGAGAGAGAGAGAGAGAGAAAAGAGAGAGAGAGAGAGAGAGAGACAGUCACCACCAUGGUCAGACCCCAAUGGGACGAUAACUUUGCAUGGUCGCUGCGGAUUGCCUAAAAGUUGCAUGUUGAGUGGCAUACAGUGUGGUUGUUUGUUUUCCUCUGUGAUGUGAUGAAAGAUAUGUGACGAUUGUCCAGAGCUGUCACAACAGUUUCAUGUCAGCUUCAGUCUGAAACUACAGUCAAUGUUUUCUACCAUAGUCUUGAUACCUGUUUUUAUUGGAGUGUCUCUGUAUCACAUGUUGUUCUAAAGGUUUCGUCCAGUUGCCAUGGUUUCCUGAGGACACAGUGCAUGAAUCAAUUUAGGUGGGGUACUCUCUGUUUUUCCUUUUUUUUUGUUAUGAAACGGAAUGUGAAGUUUUGUUAUAACAUCUAAUGGUGUUAGAUGAAAGUUAAUUUAUAGACUUUGCAAGUAAAACUGUCCUAAGAAACUGUUAUUAAACACAUUUCUUUUCUUAAAAA